UGUUCGGAGUAAACGUUGCAAGUGCCACUAAGUGAAAAAGUAAUGCUGACGAAUCACAUGAGUUGCUAUUUGAGAUCGGUGUUUGUGUUGAUCCUGCUACCGAAUAGUUUGAAUGCCGCAGAUGCUAUUUGUGAGCGAAUCGAUUUCAAUGAUUUUAGUUCCUACAAAGUUCGACAAUGCUCCGAAAAUGGGAAAAGUAUUCUACGCCUUGCUGCCUACGCAGGUUCUUCCCAUUUUAGACCCUACCGAGAUAAUGUAAUUUACUACUUGACGAACGAUGUCGCAAAUAUCAGUUGCUGCGAAUCUACUGAAAGUUUUUUCAUGAAUUCUUACACCGAAAUAAGAAUGAUCUAUCAGUUCACUUUCAAAACGGAGUGCACCCUGACGAUUAGGGUAUUGGAUUUAGAUCAACUCGAUCGGCAAGGUUUGCCGACAGUGGCUCAGAUCUGGACAACGCGUCAAGCAACACGAACGUGGAGUCUAUUUUCCGGAAAGUUAGAAAAAGAAAUUCAAAAAGCAAGACUGCAAGUGGAAGUUGAUAUGACUGAAGAUGGAGAUUUGGCUAUUGAGUAUAUUACGGUUUUUAAUCCGUUAGUAUUAGAGAAGUUUUGCGUGGAACUGGACGAAUUUUAUGUGCCACCAGCUACUACCACUGUUCCUGCGUCUACGACCACAACUUCUACAACUACACCAACAACAACUACUACUACAACGUCUACAACCACACCAACAACUACAACGUCUACAACUACACCAACAACAACAACUACAACGUUUACAGCUACACCAACAACUACAACAUCUACAACGUCUACAACUACACCAACAACAACAACUACAACGUCUACAACUACACCAACAACAACUACUACUACGACUACAACUACGCCAACAACAACAACAGCCACAACGUCUACAAUUACACCAACAACAACGUCUACAACCACACCAACAACUACAACAUCUACAACGUCUACAACCACACCAACAACAACUACCACUACGACUACAUCUACACCAACAACAACUACAUCUAUUACAAGACGAACUAGAACAACAAGAACAACUACCCCAUCUACCACUACUGAAGUCAUUCUCAGUGAAAUUUCUGAAACCACUACAACUACAAUAACUCCAUCUACAACAAUCACUACAUCUGAAAGAACGCCGGAUCCAACGACAACAACAGCAUUACUAGUUCCAACAACAAGCGCUACAAUUCCGUCUACUACUGGCACAACGCCUACGUCAGAUCCUGAAACUACGACAGCAACAAGCACAUCAACAAUAUCAACCAGUAACAGCACAUCUGCAACAACAUCAGUCUCAAUAACCAUAUCUCGUUCUACCACCACGGUUCCAACAACAUCAAUAGAAGAAAUAACAAGCACAGAGUUGCCAUCAACAUCUACAGCGGAAUUAGCCACAUUUCCCAACACUAUUGUUCUAACAACCAGCUCUUCAACUGAAACUUCCUCGAUUGAAACUUCUGCUGCAACUGCCAUUACGUCUUCGACACAAAACUCAACAUCUCCUGCUGUUGAAAAUUUUUCCUCUACGUCUCCAGUUACAACUCCCAUGGAAGUGUCUACAACAAAUACAAUGGUUGCAAUUACCACCCCUCUUAUAUCUACAACUAGCGAAGAUUCCGAACCAGAAGAGUUUACCACGACCAGGCAAACGACGCGGCGAACUAGAACUACAACCAGAAGACCUACUUCGCCAACACCGAACGUCACAUCAGAAGAAAUUUCUACAACGGAUGCCUUUCCUCCCACCACAGUUUCGAAUGCCACUGCGACCGAGUCAUCAACAGAAAAGACUUCUAUUUCGUCCGUUUCGGCAUCCACUACCAGGAGAACAAGUUCAACUCAAACAACCACGGUCACAGCUACACAAUCCACUGCGGGUUUACCAUCUACUAAUUCGACAUACUAUACAAUAACCCACUCAACUCAGAAACCAUCAACGGAGCAAAACCUUGAUAUGCCAAACACAACAACGCUUAAUUCUGUCUUCACUACUUCUGCAGAUACACCCACUCCUACAACGCUUAUCACCAUUCAGCCUAAUCCAAUUCCGCCUUUCUCAUUUCUCAAUUUCCAAUCCCAGCAAAAACCCUACGAUGAAUCAAGAGCCACAUGGCUAUCUAUAACAGGAGUCUUCCUGCUCCUCCUCGUGCUCAGCUCGGCUUACGGAGUAUAUCUGUAUGUGAGCUGCAAACAAAUAUCCCAAGUGGUCGAAAGGGAACUUGAGCUUGGCGAAGAGCACCCGAGCCAGUUAUCCAGGGUAUCCAUCAACCAUUACGUUAACCCCUUGGCUCAAGAAAUCUAUCAACGCCAACAACAACGCCGGGAACAAUUCAGGCAAUCUCGAUCACGUCCUCGGCGAUCACAACAUCAUGAAAGCCCCACUUCGUCUACGAGCGAAUACAGCAGCUAUCAGGAGCACACUCGCAAAAUCACCAAGCAGCCCAUAAUCCCACCAAGAACAAACGAUCGACCUUUCUCGUUGGCUGAAGAGAUCCGAAAAACCAAACUUAAAAAUAAACUUAACAAAUUUUGA